GGCCGGCUGCUGCUGCCUGUCCGCGGAGGAGAAGGAGUCCCAGCGCAUCAGCGCCGAGAUCGAGCGGCAGCUUCGCCGGGACAAGAAGGACGCGCGCCGCGAGCUAAAGCUGCUGUUGUUGGAUGGAAGCCAAAGAGCCACCAAUGCAGCAGAGUCCCGAAGGACCUUAGAUAAAAGUGAGGCAAGACUUCAUCUUGUUGAUAAUCAUUCAUUUUUUCACUCCCUCACCUUGGUCUCCUGUUUGUGUGUUCUGAGGAUGAGUGCCUUCAUGCUAAAGUGAUACGAAUUCUUAAUGAGAGGAACCGGUGAAAGUGGCAAAAGCACCUUUAUCAAGCAAAUGAGAAUUAUCCAUGGGUCUGGUUACAGUGACGAAGACAGAAAGGGGUUCACGAAGCUGGUUUAUCAAAACAUAUUCACUGCCAUGCAAGCCAUGAUCAGAGCCAUGGACACCCUGAGGAUACAGUACGUGUGUGAGCAGAAUAAGGAGAAUGCCCAGCUAAUCAGAGAAGUGGAAGUAGACAAGGUCUCCGCACUCUCCAGGGACCAGGUGGAGGCCAUCAAGGAGCUCUGGCAGGACCCGGGAAUCCAGGAGUGUUAUGACAGGAGGAGGGAAUACCAGCUGUCAGACUCUGCUAAGUAUUACCUGACUGACAUUGACCGGAUUGCCAUGCCAUCGUUUGUGCCAACACAGCAAGAUGUGCUUCGUGUCCGUGUGCCCACAACUGGCAUCAUUGAAUAUCCAUUUGACUUGGAAAACAUAAUCUUUCGGAUGGUGGAUGUUGGUGGCCAGCGAUCUGAAAGACGGAAAUGGAUUCAUUGCUUUGAGAGUGUCACUUCCAUAAUUUUUUUGGUUGCUCUGAGUGAAUAUGACCAGGUCCUGGCUGAGUGUGAUAAUGAGAACCGCAUGGAAGAGAGCAAAGCCUUAUUUAAAACCAUCAUCACAUACCCCUGGUUUCUGAACUCAUCGGUGAUUUUGUUCUUAAAUAAGAAGGAUCUUUUGGAAGAGAAAAUCAUGUACUCCCAUCUAAUUAGCUAUUUUCCAGAGUACACUGGACCAAAGCAAGAUGUCAAAGCUGCCAGAGAUUUUAUCCUGAAGCUUUAUCAAGAUCAGAAUCCUGACAAAGAGAAAGUCAUCUAUUCCCACUUCACAUGUGCUACAGACACAGAGAAUAUCCGCUUCGUGUUUGCUGCUGUGAAAGACACAAUUCUACAACUAAACCUGAGGGAAUUCAACCUGGUUUAGAAGCUGCUGCUCACUCCUCAGCCAUGCCAGAAGACCCAGUUUGCAAGCUCCCGAUGUUUUAUCUGAAAGUGCUUCUGACAUCACCUGGCUCAGCUCACUGGGCUGUACCAAGUCCAUCAUGAUGCCACAGGGACAGGGACAGGGAUGGGUGAUGAAGCUUGUGAGAUGUGUGGAUUUAGCAAAACUUUUUUCUAAGUCUUUAUUUUCAAAUUGUUUUUGUAUUUCUUUUCUUGACUUGAGGCUGUAAGAUUUUGUCUAAUUUUUGAAUUUGAUUAUUUUACACAAUUUCAAAAAGCCACUGUGAUUUAGUUGUUUUUUUUUUAAUUAGUGUGUAAUAAUAGCCAUUUGAAAAAUCACCUAACAGAGUAGCCUGUCAAUUUAUAGAUCAUGCUUUGAGACCUCAAGGGUUAGUUUGAGUGCCUUUUUUUUUUUUUUAACUAAAUCUUAUUAUUGAGUACUGAAGUAUGCCUUUACUAUGCCACCAAAGAUUUUUUUUAAGAUAGUUUGUGUUAAAUUUCUAAGUCAAAUUAAUAACUGUAUCAGUACCUCUAAUUUAGUUUUGCCACAAUUUGGUCACUAUAAAACCAAAGUUGAAUAAGAUAAAUGGGCUAUACACAGCAUAUAUCUUGUAUUGAUGAAAAAUGUGCCUGUAUUUAUAUACAUUCCACUGUAAAUGACCUAGUCUUCUAAACUUAUGAAAUGGCUAUAAGCCUGCAGUGUUUAACAUAUGUAAUGUAACCCCUGCCAGAGCUCUGAUGGCCACCACAGAUUUGCUGUUUGAACCAUGUAUGCUGUGCCUUUCUGAGGCUAAGAAUAUACCAUUCUGCAUUAG